AUGGAUAUGCGUGGCCCCCCGAUGAAGAUUUUAGUCAUAAUCUCUGACCCAGAUUUAGACGAAAAAUCUCCAUGCAGAUCAAUUGUUGCACAAUCAAUCAAUACACUUAAAAACAACGGACAUACAAUCACUGUCACAGAUCUCGCUAAAGAUGGAUGGAAUGAAGUCCUUUCUGUGAAGGAUUUCACAAAAGUAAGUGAUCCUAUUCAUAUUAAUAUUCGUUUAGAACAACAAAUUUCUCCAAUUAUUCCAAAGAUCAAAGAAGAACAGAGCAAAGUAUUAGAUUGUGAUUUCCUCAUGAUAUUUGGCCCUGUCUCAUGGUUUGGCUUACCAUCUUACUUCUACGCUUGGUGGGAUAGAGUUUUUACACAUGGUUCUAUGUAUUCUCCAGGAACUAUGUUCGGAAAAGGUGUCUUCUCAAAGAAGAGAGCCAUCGUUGUUGCUACAACAACUAGUACAACAGAAAUGUUUGGCCGUGAAUCGAUAUUUGGCCGCUACGAACAAGUAAUCUAUCCAAUUACACACGGCAUGCUUCAUACAGUAGGAUUUAAAGUACAUAGAAGUCAGCUUCUUUAUCUUAAACCAAAUCAACCAAAUUCAGAAAUUAUUCGCGAUUGGGAUGGAAACCUUAACAAUAUUAACCAAAGAACAUAUAUUGCUUUCAACAAACCAUCAGAUUAUACUAAUUACAAACUUACAUCUAAGGAUCCAAUGAAUGACUUCGAUAAAUUAGAUCGUUUCGGAGAUAUGGCUGUUACUGAAAAUGCUAAUUAA